AUGCCGCCUUUGGAGUACGUAGGUGGCACUGCUGUCAAUGGCGUCUCGAGCAAGUGCCAGUCGCCGGAGAGCAACACCGAGCAAAACGGUCGUCAAGAGGCUGAUGACGAGGACGACAUGCCUCCAUUAGAGUACGUGGGAAAUGGACCGGCUGCAUCUAGCAGGUCUCCCGCAUUGAAGCCUGACGAGGAGGAUGACAUGCCUCCACUGGAGUAUGUGGGUGCAAGUGCCCCUCUUGAGGUACCUCUGCGCGAGGGGGACCGGGUUACGCUGAAAGGGCUGUCCAAGAAAGAGCUGAACGGCCAGAAAGGAACUUUGCAAAGUUUUGACCAGUCAAAACAAGGCAGGCUGGCUGUGAAGCUCGAUUCAGGGGAGCGUGUGUCAAUCAAGCCCGAGAAUCUGUGCAAGUUGGACCCCGAAAGCAACGGCAAUUUCGUUGAUGUGCGGCAAGAAGCUGAUGAUUCAGACAUGCCGCCUUUGGAGUAUGUAGGUGGCACUGCUGUCAAUGGCGUCUCGAGCAAGUGCCAGUCGCCGGAGAGCAACACCACGCAAAACGGUCGUCAAGAGGCUGAUGACGAGGACGACAUGCCUCCAUUAGAGUACGUGGGAAAUGGACCGGCUGCAUCUAGCAGGUCUCCCGCAUUGAAGCCUGACGAGGAGGAUGACAUGCCUCCACUGGAGUAUGUGGGUGCAAGUGCCCCUCUUGAGGUACCUCUGCGCGAGGGGGACAGGGUUACGCUGAAAGGGCUGUCCAAGAAAGAGCUGAACGGCCAGAAAGGAGCUUUGCAAAGUUUUGACCAGUCAAAACAAGGCAGGCUGGCUGUGAAGCUCGAUUCAGGGCAGCGUGUGUCAAUCAAGCCCGAGAAUCUGUGCAAGUUGGACCCCGAAAGCAAUGGCAGUUGUGUUGACGUGCGGCAAGAAGCUGCUGAUUCAGACAUGCCGCCCUUGGAGUAUGUAGGUUGUGCAUCUCCGGCCAGAGGCUUGGCGAUCCCCGCUGGACAGCGAGAGCAAGAAGAUGUGGAUGAUAUGCCGCCCUUGGAGUAUGUUGAGCAGGAUUUGUCGGCGGGAUUGUCGCUUCUAGAAGGCGAUAGGGUCCGACUCAAAGGGCUUUCCAAGGCUGGCUUGGAUGGACAAACAGGAAAGCUCCAGAGCUUCGACCGAGCAACCAAAGGACGACUUCCCGUGAAGUUAGAUUCUGGUCAAAUGCUGGCAGUGAAACCUGGCAAUUUGGAGAAGAUGGCCUCAGACAAUCGCGAGGGCCGGGUUGAAACUUGCAACAGUACUUCGAGGAAGGACGCUGGCGAGUCAACGUUUUCAAAAGGCCGGAAGACUGUCGCGAGCAUCGGCAAGUCCGCAGACGGCAGCACGUCUCCCGACAUGGUCGUGCAAGACGAGGACCUGCCUCCGCUGGAGCCCGCAGAGGGCUCUUCUUGUUCCAUGCAGAGAACGGGUGGGGCGGAGAGUCCGGAGAAGGGAAAGCAGCUCGGCUCCAGGCAGGUCCGGAGUGCCGGUGCCAUGCCUCCCUUGCAGACCCUUGGCCAGGUGUGCAGCUGUCUUAACAUUGAUAGAAUAGAAGGCAGCAACAUCGCCAUGAAGUCCAAGAACCACCUGGGAGUUUACCAGAAGAGAAUGCGUGAGUUGGAUCAGAAGGAGGAGCUGCAGGUACGAAGCUUCUUUCCUGCCUCCUGGUACAUGAAGGCAAUGCAAGACGAGUUGACUGCCGUGCGCGGGGAGAUGAAGAGGAACUCUGAGAAGACAGAGGUCCUGGCAUUGAAAGCACAAGUCAGCGAGUUGCAGGAGCAG